AUGCUGUCAUCUCACUUCUCUCAAAUUUGUUUCUCUUGCAGGGAUUCAUGGGGAAGUUUGCCUCAAGAGCUCCUCAGAACAUCUACAAAUUUGCUUAACCCUAACUUUGCCGAAUAUGAGGCACUAAGGCGCGUCAACAGUCAUUGGAGGAAAACGUUUCCUUCUUUCCGUGAUGGAAGUUUCAGAGAGGAAAGGCCUUGGUUGUUGUACCGUGAAAUGGGAUCCCGACAUGCCCAUUUCUAUGACCCUGUGAGAGAGAGUCUACACUAUAGGAAAGACCCAAAUCUUGAAGGGGCCAAAUUCUUAGGAUCAACAUUGGGUUGGGUUGUUAUGUCCAACUCCAUUGCCACACACCGACGCGAACACCACCAAACUUUCUUAUACAACCCAUUCACUUCACAACGGUACCAACUACCCGUUCUCACCGUACUACCCGUUCUCACCUUUGGAAACCCACGUCGGGAGAGUGUGAUCCGUUACGGUGUGCUCACGGGAGAUCCACGUGAAGACAAUACUUAUGCUUGUCUCCUAGGCGAUAGCUUUCACGAUAAUAAUCUUAUGGAUAUACCGUAUGUGCAUGUUCCUAAUCUACAAAUAUAUUAUGUAGCCAAGAGGAACGGAGAAUGGGAUCAGGACUGGUCAGUGACUCAUAUCCCUACCUCAUACCAUGACAUUUAUAAUUCGACUAUACAGUCCAUCUCCCCAUCUGCGGACAAAAUAUCAAUUUUAUUAUCGGACCAUAGUUUUGACUUCACCUUCCAAACCCAAGAAUGGAAUGUCUCAAAGACUCAAGAGAAUGAUCCCAUCGAUUGGAAUCCUUUCCACGGCCAAUCUUUUGAUCAGAUGAAAGAUCGUCUUCAGAUAUCUCCACAAACUCUAGCCAUUAUAGGCACUAAAACUGAUCGCGAGAGAGUGAGAAACAACACUUGGGGUGCUAAUGACGGUCAAAGCGUUUCUUACAUUGACGGAGUUUGGGUUGAGGUUCGCGCUUAGCCUAAUGUUCUUCUCUUUAUAUAUAUCUACCUCAUGACUCUUAAGUUAUUUCUCUGUGUUUCUUUUUCGUUAUCUAUCUUUUAAUCUGUGUGGUUUAAGAUUUGAAGUAUUACUAUUUAUUGUGUUGCAAACUCUACUUAUAUUGUGGUUUGGUUAAGAAACUCUACUUUGGUUUGUUAAUAAAAAUGCUAAUCUUUUAUUA